AAGAUAACCAUGUUCUUGCCACCAAUCGGAGAAGGGAUGAUGACCUCUUCUCUAUUCUUGACUUGACUCCCUCUCUGCGUCCCUUCCCCUCUCCUUCCCCAAGACCCCAAUCGCGGACCUCCGCCUUCAUCCCUUUAUACACAUCCCGGAGGUUUCAAGAAUCUCUCCUUCAGCUCCCAUUCUGCAAAUUUCCGUGAAGAGCCCCGAACGCCAUCCGUUUCUUCCUUCCUCCGAAGACCCUUCGCAUCGAUUUCCUCAGGAAUGCCUCACGAUUUCAAGAAUUCAUCAGGAAGAAUAAGAAAGACGGAAUCUUUCUGACGCCGGCCUACCUAAAAAUCCCAAUUUGUGUUCUGUUUCGCUUUCGGAGUCCAAGAUUCAAUCUUUCCAUCCAUGAGUCAGCCCUCUUCCAACCCUCCUCCCCAUCGUCCCUCCAGGCCCUCUGCGGUCCUCCCGUACAAGACCCCGAACCUGCGGGAGCAUUACCGCAUCGGGAAGAAGCUUGGGCAGGGCCAGUUCGGCACGACGUACCUCUGCGUCGACAAGAACGAUGGCAAGGAGUACGCAUGCAAGUCCAUCCCCAAGCGCAAGCUUCUCUGCCGCGAUGACUACGAGGACGUAUGGCGCGAGAUCCAGAUCAUGCACCACCUGUCGGAGCACCCCAACGUCGUUAGGAUCAAGGGAACCUACGAGGACACGCUCUUUGUGCACCUGGUGAUGGAGCUCUGCGCGGGCGGGGAGCUCUUCGACAGGAUCAUCCAGAAGGGGCACUACAGCGAGAGGAAGGCGGCGCAGUUGAUCAAGACCAUCGUGGGGGUCGUGGAAGCGUGCCAUUCUCUCGGGGUGAUGCAUCGGGACCUCAAGCCGGAGAAUUUCUUGUUCGCCAGCGCCGAUGAGGAUGCGGCACUCAAAGCCACGGAUUUUGGGCUCUCUGUGUUCUAUAAGCCAGGUGAUACAUUUUCUGACGUGGUUGGAAGUCCAUAUUAUGUUGCACCUGAGGUAUUGCGUAAAUUAUACGGACCAGAAGCAGAUGUGUGGAGUGCCGGAGUCAUUUUAUAUAUUUUGUUAAGUGGAGUGCCUCCUUUCUGGGCAGAAUCUGAAGCAGGGAUCUUCAGACACAUUCUACAAGGUCGUCUAGAUUUUGAGUCUGAACCAUGGCCUGGCAUUUCUGAUAGUGCUAAGGAUCUUAUACGUAAUAUGCUUAAUCGAGAUCCGAAGAAGAGAUUUACAGCACAUCAAGUUCUUUGUCACCCAUGGAUCACUGAUGACAAUGUUGCGCCUGAUAGACCCUUGGAUUCUGCAGUGCUAUCACGUCUUAAGCAGUUCUCUGCCAUGAACAAGCUCAAGAAGAUGGCUUUACGGGUUAUUGCUGAAAGCCUGUCCGAGGAAGAGAUUGGUGGUCUGAAAGAGUUGUUCAAGAUGAUUGAUACAGACAACAGUGGAACCAUAACAUUUGAUGAACUGAAAGAAGGAUUGAGAAGGGUGGGGUCUGAACUGAUGGAAUCUGAGAUUCAUGCACUAAUGGAUGCAGCUGAUAUUGACAGAAGUGGCACAAUCGACUAUGGUGAAUUUCUUGCAGCAACAGUACACAUGAAUAAGUUGGAGAGGGAAGAGAACUUGAUGUCCGCAUUCUCAUUUUUCGAUAAAGACGGAAGCGGUUACAUAACUAUUGAUGAACUUUCACAAGCUUGCAGAGAAUUUGGUCUUGAUGAAGUUCACCUUGAUGAGAUGAUCAAAGAAGCCGAUCAAGACAAUGAUGGGCAAAUAGAUUACAAUGAAUUCACGGCCAUGAUGAGAAAAGGCAAUGUAGGCGUUGGAAGAAGGGCCACGAGAACCAACAUAAACUUUAACUUGGGUGAUGCCUUCAACGUAGAACACUAACUCAUGCUCUCCGGAACAAAGAAAAAUGGACAACAUGGUGGUGAUCAUGGAAGUAACUGAGAUGAAUCCUGAACGAUCAUAUUGAUCACUUGAUGAAGAACUUAUAGACUUAUUUCGAGAGAUCUUUCAAGGAUGAUUUGUUUAACACUUUGUUGGUGAUGCCUUGAGUAAUUAAUCUUGUAGCAAGUGAUGUUAUCUGCACUUAUUGGAUCUUGUUUUUUUCCCCGCAAAUAAGAGUAGGUUCCACUACA